AUGAGUUUUCUAAACAUGGGCCGGCAGAGAUCCGUAUGCUGGGCCCAUCUCAAAGCCCGUCCGAAAGAUAAAAGAGAAAUUUCAUUAAAAGGUUCUGUUAAAGUUAGGGUUUUGGAAAGAUUACAAGGAAAGAGCUCAGAGAUGGCGAAGUAUAAUGUGGUACAGAAGAGGAAGAGAGGCGAGAAAGCACAGAGAAAGAGAGCGAAGUAUGGAGACUCGAAAACUGGGAAGCUCAAGAACAAGCUUCAGACUCUCUCUGUCUCUGGAAAACGCCAACGGAAGCUCUUAAUAAAAUGGCGCCGAGAGCAAAAGGAGGCUCUGGAGAGUGGUCUUGUGAGUAUGCAAGAUGUGGAGAUGGCUGCUGCUGAAGGUACAUUAGAAGAAGCCAACAAAACACCAACAAAAUUUCAUAUGAAAAAGGGUUUGAAGCUUAAACACUUAAAGGGUAAAUGUAAAAAAGGCAAAAGCACCUCAAAACCAGCUGCCGCUGAAGGUUCUGUGGAUUCCAUGGUAGAAUAAUUAUAAACAAAUUGGUUACUCUAAUCUAGACAUGUCAAUUGGCUAGGAGCAAAUGGAGGUUUGGUUUGAAUCCCAACAAUAAGGCUCGGCCCGAAAAGAUCCAGUCCGACAUUGUAACAUGUCGGGUCAGCUCAUGGGUCUUGUUAACCGAGUUGUGGGCAUAGGUAUUAGGUUCAUGGGUCGGCCCAUUACUAUUGAAAUAUGAAAAAAAAAAUCGGUUGUUACUUCUACCACAAGGCUUCUGCUUUGGUAGAUUGCCAAAGCAGAAGUUUUUUCCUUAUUUUUUAAUUUUAUUUAUAAAUCUCUCAAAUCUCAAUUUUUUUAUUA